AUGUCAUGCAGCCCAAACACCCAGAAGAUCACCACGGCUAUCAACUCUCUCUCUAGUCGCGGUUUCGUCAACGUGGGCUACAAGUUUUUCCAGAUUGACUGUGGAUGGGCUUCGAGAGAUGGCCAGCGAAACUCCUCCAACGGCGCAUUGAAAGUUGAUCUGAAUGCUUUUCCAGGUGGUCUGAAGCCACUCAGUGACCUUGCGCGAUCCAAGGGAAUGAAGUGGACCAUGUACUCGGAUGCCGGUGUGAGGAUGUGCGACCCGCAGUCGCCUUCGCCCGUCCUUGGCUCACUUGGACAUGAAGCUGCAGAUGCAGAUUUCUUCAAGACGCUGAACACUGAAUACGUCAAAUCCAGCCAGAAUGCGCCUAAAAACGCCAGGACCGAUUUCGUCACCCGGAUGGGUACCAUGUGGAAAGAACUCCAGCGAGUGGGCAUCCCCGGGCUUUUGAUCUGCCAGUGGGGUGUUCCCUUUACUACCUCUUCCGGGUUGCAAGGUCCUGUUCAGUGGACAAAGGGCAUCUCUACCUCCUUCCGCCUCUCCGACGACAUUACUUCGGGUUGGGCGUCCAUGUUCCGAAUCUAUAACCAAGCUAUUCACAUCGCAAAGUCUGGAUUGACCGGUCCAGGACACAUUGCCGAUGCUGACCUGCUCAUGGUCGGAAACAACGGCAUGACAUUCGACGAGCAAGCUACGCAUUUUGCCGCAUGGGCUAUGUUGAAAUCGGCACUCAUGAUCUCUACCGAUGUACCGAAUCUGUCUAAUGAGCUUGUUGCUGUUUUGCAGAAUAAGGACCUCAUUGCUAUCAACCAAGAUUCGGCGGUCAAGCCGGUUACACUCCGCCAGCGCUGGAGCGGCGAUCGUGACCUGUGGGCUGGAGACCUUGCGAACGGCGACAUGGCUGUGCUAGCUGUCGAUCUCAGCAACUCCGCCCGUACGCUCAGUGUGCAGCUAUCGGACCUCGGCAUCACGUCUGCGACUAUGAAGGAUUUGUGGGCAGGAACAAUUACCACAGGUUCUUCUUUCUCAAAGCAGGUCAAAGCGCACGGCUCUGUUGUCCUUCGACUUUCCAACAUCGUGCGCUCAACAGCUGUCAAACCUACCUACACAUAUAUUUCCGCAUCGACCGGGUCCCUAUCCUCUGGCGCAAACAUUCAGUCUUGCUCCGGCUGCACCUCCAACAACCGAGUCGGCAACAUCGGUGGCUCAUCGAACGGCCGUCUGACACUCUCCAAUAUCCGCACUUCCAAGGCCACACAAUCCAUCCUCAUCGACUACAUUAACGGGCAGGUCGAUUAUAUGGGAGGCAGCAAUGAGCGCGUUGCAUCUAUCAGCGUGAACGGAGGAGCAGCCAAGACGGUGAGCUUCCCGUUAACGGGAUAUAAUUGGGACAAGGACGUCACUAAGGGCUAUGCUGUCGAGCUGUCAGGAUUUAGCACCACGGGGACGAACACUAUUACAAUCUCUGGUGCUGGAAGCGCUAACGGGCCCGAUUUCGAUCGUAUUGGAGUGGUCGCGUAG